AUGGCUAAGCCUAAUCUAACGGAUCGUUCUGAUGGUCUUUCGAGAGCUUUGCGUUCGGAAGCGAUAUGGGCAAGUUUUUCUCCAGCAAUCAAGGAGCUAUACCUGGAAGAAAAUCUUCCAGGUUGGCUCCUGGAAGAUAUCAUGAGGACUCUCUACGAUUUCCGGGCCAGUCCAAGAGUGUAUCGAGAGCGAUUUCCCAAGAAAGACAAUGAGAAUAAUGGCAUUCAACCAAUCAGGGGAAGGACGCGUCAGAAGGUCAAGGAUGAAAUGGUAACAAAACUACACGUGAUGUGUGCUAGACCGUUCCUCUUCAAGACGCCACUGAGGCCGCAGCCAGCACCUCUGCGAUAUAGACCCCAAGAGAAAAUCAUGUACUCAAUUCAUCACUUCCUUGAUUCCAUGUUUAUCUUCAAAGGAAAGCAUACUUGGUCUACAAACCAUGUCGGCUUUUUAAGUCCAGCCGGUGAGGCGCCCCAGCUUAGUGCAUGGCAGCUCAUUGAGUCAUGUUGUGACUCGGCUUCAACUUCGAUUCGGUGCAAUCAACUUUCUCAAGCCCGAGACACGCUGUAUGGCAUUAAUCAUUUGUUUGACUUGCUUGCGCGUCUCCCGGAUCCGUUGUUUCUUGGGAAGAUAUGGCGUUUGGCUCUCGUCCUUCAUGGCCUCGAUCGUCGAGCUCCUCUCCUCAAAGCCAGGUCAACCAUCCUUCGACGCUUAAAGGCCACUGCUUGCACAGCUCAAGGGUUAGAUAGCCCUAUCUCCAUCAUCGUCAGCUGUCUUCUUGACGUAGAUGAAGCUGACUUCACGCCAACCAUGAGGCUUGGGUUUCACGAGACACUCGUUAUCCUAGACCGGAAGAUCAACGAUGAAAACAUCACCAUGCUUCAAAUGUGGUCGACAUAUGCUCGGUACUUCUCUAGACGCCAGUCCAAACUCAUCAAACGAAAAUCUUCCCAUCCGACGCCGCAGAAUCAGCCAAGGUCUCAAAUGAAGGCAAGAAGGAAAAAGCAAUCCGAAACGCCGCCUCAAGAGCGAUUGAAGGAUCACAUAAGCAAAGACAUUCUCAUGGGAAAAUUUUCACAGGUUUGGCAUAAAUGCUGGAACGAGCAAUACUUGCCGGUCAAUCAGUGGCGGGCAUCAGAUGUCUGCGUUCUCAUCACCCAGCACUAUGCCUACGCGGCCUUCUGGCUGUGCGACAAACAGUACUUGGGAGUGGGAAUGGCGAUGAAUAUCAUUGAGGAUACGAAGCCUGAAAUUGACAAGCAUCCCGUGUGGUCGGUCAAGACAAUAGCUUUCAGUGUUGCAUCUAAAAUCGUAGCCACCUAUCACCAUCAUCGCGGAGAGGUUGAUCAAAGCGAAGAAGUUUUGGAUGAUGCCAUCAAAACAUUAAGCCAUGGCGACAAUCUAUGUUUAAGCAAAGCCAUGAGAAUUUGCUUGACCCUUGCUUCGUGGCGGCGCGAGCGGGGAGAUCUGCCUGGAUCUCAAGAGGCAGAGAUGCGCUUGCUGGCGAUUCAGGACAGCAUACAGGGAGUGAGAAAAUGCCCGGAUUGUAGGCCAAGUCUUAAAUGUCAGGGAUGUUUUGAUGAGAGCCGAGCAAACUGCAGGAAUUGCAAUAAGCCCGCAUCUGAGAAGAAACGGACAUCCUGUCUAACUUGCAAGACCGCGGGCUCGAGCAGGCGAAGGGUUAUACGCCUCAAAACUGAGCUUUGGACCAGUCACGGGCUCAUACCUAUUGCUGUCAGCAGUUCCCAGGAGAGUCGUGAAAAUCUUCCUCUCCGGAAAGGCAACCUUACCAGCGACCAAUUUUCCAUCACCGGAUUACCCAAAUCAUUGACAGUCCAUGACAUCUUGAGGGCAAUACGAAAUACUGGACGAGUUUUCAGCAGCCGCCUCACGCAAUCAUCUGAAGAUCCGCAGACGUCUACAUUUUACAUUUCAUUUUUCGAUACUACAUCUGUGAAAAGCUUUUGGGAGAAGCACCGGGAUGUUGGACUCCAACUUGGAGAUCAUUACGGUUCAGUCCACCAGUCGGAUUCCAGAGAUUCGAUGCAUGGCCGAAUGAUGAGUUCUCGAGUCAAGGGAACUUGGAUCCCGAGCAGGGUCCUAAUCAUUUCAGGGCUGGCUAAACCAAAGGAAAGCGAGGAGUGCCCAGAAGUAGAAAUGCAAGAAAUACGUGAGGAGACGACAAACGAAGUGACAAUGGGGGAAUUCCCACGACUCACCCAGAACCACAUCCUCGAGCGCUUCAGGGCGGUGUGUGACUUUCAGCUUGAUGAGAUUAUUCUCCUUGACUCAGGUGACACAAGCUACACGAUUGAGGUACGAUUUAGCUCUUGGAAGCGGGAAGCAGUCGUUUGCAUGAAUAAGUAUCGCUUGGAGUGGAAGAAGUUUGGCAUCACAAUGAGUUACGGUACUGAUCCUUGUGAUUGA